AUGGCUCCUUUACCCCCUACCAGAUGCAAUUUGUCUCUACCUUUUCAAAUAACAGGCGUUGACUUUGCUGGGCCAUUUGAGCUCAAAGCAUCAGCUUUACGAAAAUCAACACUUGUCAAAGGGUACGUCAACGUAUUUGUUUGCUGCAGUACGAAAGCUGUGCAUUUAGAAGUAUGCUCCGAUCUGUCUUCAGCGGCAUUUCAAGCUGCAUUUUCUCGUUUCAUUGGGAGGCGAGAACUACCCCAAAGAGUAGUAUCUGACAAUGGUAGAAACUUUCUAGGGGCCAGUAGAGAACUUUUACGAGAAUUUUCCUCUUUUAUAAAAAACGCAUCUCAAGAUACAGCUCAUAAGUAUUUGACACACGGCUUUGAGUGGAAAUUUAUUCCUCCACACGCUCCUCACAUGGGCGGCUUAUGGGAAGCCGCUGUAAAAAGUUUCAAAUUUCACUUAAAACGAAUUACUGAUGCUCAAAAAUACUUAUAUGAAGAAUUUUCAACAAUUCUAACUCGAAUUGAAGGCGUACUAAACUCUCGCCCAAUAUCAGCUCUAUCUGAAGAUCCAUCAGAUUUAACUGCCCUAACCCCAGGACAUUUCCUUAGAGGAGCCCCGAUAAUGGCUUUCCCAGAACAAUAUUAUCAAGAUAUAUCUGUUAUUAAUAGGUGGGAAAAAUUAAAAGCAAUUCAUCAAUUAUCUAUUCGUUGGAAAAAUGAUUAUCUCAAAACUUUACACAAACGUUACAAAUAG